CAGAUCUGACUGCAAAAGAACCGAACUCGAGUGGAACCCCAACAGAAACCAACUUUUCUUCUUUGUAUAUUACAGUUGUACAUUCCAUUCGUCAUCUACGCUUCCACGGGUCACUACAUACAUCUACAGGCAAUAAAAUCAUUCAGCAUGCCUGGGGAUUCUGAAGAGCGUGUGCCAGCACUGGCUAGCCGCUCAAGUGUGAGCGUGGCAACAGAUGCAGAAUUAAGGACUGCUUCAGAAGCAAUGCAGAGGGCGGCGGAGGCCAUGAUCGCCGCUACCGAGUCCUUCAGGCAACAGUAUCACCAGGCUGAAGGAGGAACCGGGGCGGAACCUCCUCGGCCGUCCACUUCCUAUCACCCAUACGAACCUAUACCGAUGGACGACGGCCAUGAAAUGCAGCAUCAUCGACCGCAAGGGAGGAGGAACUCGAUUGAUAUGCAACCGUCCAUGAGUCGAAUGACAUACUAUGGGUCAAGCACACAACUGCCAUUCUCCGGGGCAAACAGUGUCUACACCCCGAGUAGACCUCCCACCAUCUACUUGAGCCCUGAACGAUCUCAUGCCCAGCUUGACUACACCCCGAACACGACCGUUCCGGUGCCGGCAAUCUCCUCUGAAUAUCUGCCUCACCACCACACACGGUCAUCUCUGCCGCAUCUCAACACUGGCCACAACCCCAAUGCCUUCGGUGCACGAGUGGCGCGCGCUGCAGCUGCAGGACUGUCCUACGAUGGGCAUGGAAACUAUCACCACUACCCGCCAAUGCCAGAAUGGCCUCCUCAUAUCGCCUCAACGCACAAUCUCCAUCAUUCGAUUGAUGCCCCUCUGUUGGGAGGGCCGCCUCCCAGCGUGUACUAUCCGGCCGCUUCAACGUCGCAGAUGGACCUCUAUGAUGGCGGCUAUAAGAUGAAUCCAGACUACAAGGAGCGUAUGUCUAAGCACUACUCUCUCGCACAAAGCAUGGCCACUUCUACCGAUGAGCCAUCGCCUAUCAUCAAGAUUGGCAGGUACACCUACCUUCGAUCCGCCCAUGAGGACUUCGGGUCCGGUGUGCUUAGCGAGUACAUACCCGGGCCUCUCGACCCCAAGAUUCCCUCUAGAGCGGCUUCCAAGAGGGGUCCUCCCGCAGGGGACGAUAGCCCUUAUGGAUUCUCGUUGGGUCGGGAGUAUGCCUUUGUCUCAAUGGUUUGUAUCUCUCAGGUCCUCAUGUUGGCUGGUAUCGCCCAAGCCAUGGUCCCCGCCCACAUAAUCGGCAACUCCUUCCCAAACACAACAUUUGGCGACAUGGCAUGGUACUCAGCGGCAUACGGCCUGACGGCUGGUACGUUUGUGCUCCCGUCCGGUAGACUGGGCGACCUUUUCGGACACAAGAAGAUGUUCAUCAUCGGCUUCCUCUGGUUCGGUCUUUGGAGCUUGAUUUGCGGCUUUGCGGAACGCGUACAGGCGGCCGGGUACCAGGGAACCGUCUUCUUCUGCUUCUCCCGUGCCAUGCAGGGAAUCGGCCCGGCUUUGCUCGUUCCUAACGGCCAGGCUAUGCUGGGUCGUGGUUACAAGCCUGGGCCUCGGAAGAACAUGGUCAUGUGCUUGUUUGGUGCCGCUGCGCCCUUGGGUUUCUUUAUUGGUGCCAUCAUGGCAUCGGUCUUCUCGAUGCAUGCCUCAUGGCCGUGGGCGUUCUGGACCAUGGCGGCUGUUUGCGUCGCUCUUGCAGCAAUCAGCGUUCUAGUGAUGCCUGACACUGGUGUCAAAGGCCUCCAGAGCGGCGCAAGCCUGUGGUCCGAACUCGAUGGCGCUGGCAUGCUUUUGGGUGUGGCUGGUCUUGUUCUCUUCAACUUUGCCUUCAACCAAGCGCCCAUCGUGUCAUGGAACACACCCUACACAUACUUCCUCUUGGUCAUCGGCCUGAUACUGAUAGGAGCCUUCAUCUUUGUCGAGACGGUUGUGAGUCGCCCGCUUGUACCGAUUUCUGCCAUGAAAUCCUCGACUGUGUUCGUUCUUGCCUGUACAGGUACAGGCUGGGGAUGCUUCUCGAUUUGGGUCUUCUACGCAAUCCUGUUCAUCGAGAACCUGCGCGGCUGGGAUGCGCUCCUCACGAGCGUCGCCUUCGCCCCGGCGCCCAUCACCGGUCUGGCAGCCAGUAUGUUGACCGGCUUCCUCAUGAGCCGUUUGGGGCCCCCAGGCAUCAUGUUCAUCUCCAUGUGCGCCUUCUUCGCCGGCUCACUCUUACUGGUGACUUCACCAGUCAAUCAGAGCUACUGGUUCAAUACAUUCUUCGGCAUCUUGGUCAUGCCCUUCGGCAUGGACAUGAGUAACCCGGCUGCAACCAUCCUGCUGAGUAAUAGCGUCAGCAAGGAGCACCAGGGUAUUGCCGCCUCGCUCGUCGUGACCGUCGUCAACUACUCCAUCUCCAUCGCCCUGGGCUUCGCAGGCACAGUCGAGGUCAACUUGCACAACGGUGGUAGCGACCUUCUCGCCGGAUACCGCGGUGCGCAGUACUUUGGCCUUGGUCUCGGUGGCUUGGGAGUAUUGCUCGCCGCUGCAUUCCUGGUCAACGUCCGAAUGAAUGGCGGCACCGGCGGCCCUCCUGGCCCGGGUGGACCACCUGGCGAGAAGGGGCCGAUGCAGAUUGAGGCUGCCCAGCCUCAACAGAGAUAA